UUUUUUAAACAACACAAACCAAACCACCGACAAGAUUUUAAUGUCAAACUUCAAGCAACAUAUCUACCUAUCUCUCUCUUAACGUAUAAGGCAGUCUUCUGUUCUAUUAUCCAGUUAUAGCAGCAAGUACUGAGUCUAUCAAAUGACCACAAUACCCUCACCACACUUUCAUUUCCACUUUUUCAUGUGUUUUGCUGCUGUUAAAAAUAUCCCCUUUUUCAUGCUAUUCAACUAACUUCUUCAAUGACUUCACAACCACCACCUCAUGCAUUUUUCAGUUUCAUUUCCAUUAAAAAAAGAAAACCCCACUUGAUAAAUAAAACUCCAAUAUUCCAAUGAAAUUUUCCAUAACUGUUUUAUGUUUAUGAUAACAUAUGGACAUUUAUGGAAUUUAAGGAAUAGUUAGUUCAUUUUUCAAUUAAUGCAUUUACUGGGUUUGUUCAGUUUUUGGAUUGCAUUCACAAAGUUAAGAACUUUAUUCUCAGUUUUGGGUUUUAGUAACAAAACUAUGAAGGGUAAAUGCAAUGUUUGGAUCUUAGUUUCUUUCAAUGUGUUACUCACAAUUGGGUCUUUGAUUUCCUUCAUGUUAGUCUUUUCAUGGAUUUACUCAUAUGCGUUUUCUACUCAUAGUUCAGUAAUUAGGAGUUAUGAGAUUAAUGCUAACACUAGUAGUUCUCAUUUACAUGUUCAGAGCUAUGUUAAGGCUUUAAAUUUUAAUGUUUCGAGGGAUGCAUGCAAUGUGUUUGAUGGAAGUUGGGUUCGGGAUGACAGUUAUAGUUACCCUUUAUAUGAUGCUGAUGCAUGCCCGUUUGCAGAAAGAGGUUUUAAUUGUUUUGCUAAUGGGCGUAAAGAUAGAGAUUAUACGAAAUGGAGAUGGAAACCGAAUAACUGUGAUAUUCCAAGGUUUGAUGCACGGAGAAUGCUCGAACAGCUUCGUGGGAAAAGGGUUGUUUUUGUUGGUGAUUCAUUGAGUAGGACUCAAUGGGAGUCUUUGGUAUGUUUGUUAAUGACAGGAGUUGAGGAUAAGACGAGUGUUUAUGAAAUCAAAGGCAAUAAGAUUACGAGACAGAUUAGGUUUCUAGGUGUGAGAUUUAGUUCUUUUGAUGUUAGGAUUGAUUUUUAUCGGUCUGUUUUUUUGGUGAAGCCUGGUCGGGGUCCUAGAUUUGCGCCGAAAAGGGUAAAGACAACACUGAAAUUGGACAAGAUCGAUGAUAUUAGUCAUGAAUGGGUUGAUUCGGAUGUUCUUAUAUUCAACUCAGGUCACUGGUGGACAAGGACUAAGCUUUUUAGUAUGGGCUGGUAUUUUCAGGUUGGUAGCUCACUGAAGCUUGGAAUGCCGAUUAAUUCCGCUUUCAAGACAGCUUUACAUACCUGGGCAUCUUGGGUGGAGAAUAAUAUUAACACAAACAGAACAAGAGUAUUCUUCCGAACUUUCGAAUCAACACAUUGGAGUGGACAUAACCGCAAAGCUUGCGAAGUGACUAAAAAGCCUUGGAAAAGAACAAAUGGCAAGGACCGAAACCCAAUUUCCGAUAUGAUCAAAAGUGUAGUAAAAAAUAUGAAUGUUCCUGCGACGGUUCUCCACGUGACACCAAUGGAUGCAUAUAGGAGUGAUGGCCAUGUGGGGAUUUGGAGCGAGAAUCCAUCUAUACCUGAUUGUAGUCAUUGGUGUUUACCGGGUGUUCCUGAUAUGUGGAACGAAAUUCUGUUCUCAUAUCUGCUACAAAAAGAUGGAGCAGGUUAACAUUAAAGCUGGUAACAUGUUACUAGGUUAGUUAGUUAUUCCUUGUGUUGAGAAAAUCCAUCUGGAUUGGCAUUCAAUGGUUUGCUUCACAUUUCACAUUAUGAACUCUGUUAGUAUUUGAAAUGAGAGCUUAAUGGAUGGA